UCCUCCCUCUCCAUUCAUUCCAAACUCACAUGCUCAAUUCUCAACCAUAGUUCUUCCCUUUCACUUAACUUCCAAAACUUCUUCAUCCAAACCACUUUCAACUUCCUAAAGCAAAAUCAUUCCAACAUCUUAAACAAACCAAACACUGAACUCAAACUUUACUUAUUUCUCGACCGAACUUUGGAGUAUCAGACCACCGGACCCUUUCUUCUGAAAAUCAGAAGGUUAAAAAAAAAUGGAAAAUUUGUUUCGCCUUGUUGAUAACGAAGAAGACUUAAUUUCACACCGUUGCAUUUGGGUAAACGGUCCUAUAAUUGUAGGAGCAGGACCAUCAGGACUAGCAACAGCAGCAUGUCUCAAACAACAAGGAGUACCCUUCAUGAUACUCGAAAGAUCAAAUUGCAUAGCUUCACUAUGGCAAAAAAGAACCUAUGACAGAUUAAAACUUCACCUUCCAAAACAAUUCUGUCAACUACCUAACUUUCCAUUCCCACAAGAUUUUCCUGAAUACCCAACAAAGAAACAGUUCAUAAACUACCUUGAAUCCUAUGCGAAACACUUUGAAAUUAACCCGCGAUUCAACGAGUGUGUUCUGUCUGCUAAAUAUGAAUGGACUAGUGGAUUGUGGAGUGUUAGGACGGUUUCGAAUGGAAAUGAGGUUGAGUAUAUUUGUAGGUGGCUAGUGGUUGCUACUGGUGAGAAUGCAGAGUGUGUUGUGCCUGAUAUUGAAGGGUUGAAUGAAUUCAAUGGUGAAGUUAUUCAUGCUUGUGAUUAUAAAUCUGGUGAAAGUUUUAGAGGGAAGAAAGUUUUGGUUGUUGGUUGUGGUAAUUCUGGAAUGGAACUCUCACUUGAUCUUUGCAAUCAUAAUGCUUCACCUUCUAUUGUUCUUCGUAGCUCGGUUCAUGUGUUGCCUAGAGAAGUUUUUGGGAAAUCAACAUUUGGAUUGGCAGUUAUGAUGAUGAAAUGGUUUCCCAUUUGGUUAGUUGAUAAGAUUUUGUUAAUGUUGGCUUGGUUAGUGUUUGGUAACAUAGAGAAAUAUGGGCUUAAAAGGCCAUUGGAGGGUCCUUUGGAGCUUAAGAACUCAAAGGGUAAAACCCCUGUUUUGGAUAUUGGUACUUUAGAGAAAAUUAGAUCUGGUGAGAUAAAAGUUGUGCCUGGAAUUAAGAGGUUUAGUAUUGGGUAUGUUGAACUUGUUAAUGGUGAAAAGAAUGAAGUUGAUGCUGUUGUUCUUGCUACUGGUUAUCGCAGCAAUGUCCCUUCUUGGCUUAAGGAAGGUGAAUUUUUCUCCAAGAAUGGAUUUCCAAAGGCACCAUUCCCAAAUGGUUGGAAAGGAAAUGUUGGACUUUAUGCAGUUGGGUUUACAAAGAGAGGGCUCUCUGGUUCUUCAUAUGAUGCUAUCAAAAUUGCUCAAGAUAUUGCUCAAGAUAUUGCUCAAGUUUGGAAACAAGAAACUAAGCAAAAGAAACAACGUACCAAUGUUUGCCCUAAACGUUGCAUUUCUCAAUUCUAAUAAUUUGCACUAAUUGUAUUGUUAACAACAAACAAACAUUAGCAGUGUUGUUUCUUUUAGCAAUAGGAAUUUGUUGGUGUAUAAAAAAACAUUAACAAUAUUUUGUAAAAAGAAGAAAAAAAAAAUAUACACACAAAUAAUAGGGAUAGCUUCUCUUCUGGCCUUCAUGUUUUUUUUAUAUCUCCAAAAAUUUCAUUUUGCCCUUAAAAAAAAAUUAGAACACAGAAAUUGAAGUUUUUUCGAUGUUUUUUUAGUGCAAAUUCAGGAAAAAUUUGAUAAAUAGAAACCAAAAUUUUUAUUAAAAGGCAAAAAAAGAAAUCUAGAAGGAGAAAAAUAAACAUGAGAGCCCGGAAGAGAAACUAUCAAUAAUGGUAGCAUAGAGAUAGAGCCAGCCCUCUCCAAAGAUUU